AUGGUCCUACGACUUCUUCAUUUAGGAUUGCUCUUUUUGAGUUUAUCCUUAUUCCUGCUUUAGGUUAGCAGGCAAGGUUUUUUGCUAUCUAGCAAAGGGGGUUAAAUUUAUUUUAAAAAUAAUUAUAUAAAGGUUUGUUUUGGAUUUUAAUUUGUUUAUAUUUUAGAAGACUCAAGCUGUCUAAAAAUAAUAUAAUAUCAGGAGAUCUCAGUAUAAUAGUUAAUAUAUAUCAAAUUAUUAUUUUCAAAAUUAAAAAUAAAUUUUUUAAUUCCAAAAAAAAUUUAUUCAAAUAGCCAAGGGGAGAGUUAGUUUCUUCUACCAAUUCUCAAGAACUUCUUGGUGAUACAGAUGGCCAAUGAAGCUAUUUUGGUUUCCAAGGCUAUGCAGGAGAAGUAACUAUGAACGCUCUUACUGGCUCUUCUUAUUUUUAUUGGCUUUUCCAAGCAAUUAAAGGUAACAUCUCAAGCACAACUGAUAAAUUACCUUUAAUUAUAUGAAUUCAAGGUGGCCCAGGCUGCUCUGGUGAAACUGGGAUGUUUUUUGAAAAUAUAGCUCCUUUCUAUAUUGAUAACAAUACAAAUCCUCAAAAAAAUCCCUAUACAUGGACUAAUGAUUUCCAUAUCAUGACAAUUGACCACCCUCUGGGGACCGGAUACUCUGUAGCUGGAGCUCCUUAUGAUAUGAAAAAUACCACAACUGGCUCAUCAAUACAGCUUUACAACUUUUUAGUAAAACUUGCAAAUAAAUACCCAACUUGGUUCUCAAGAGAUCUUUAUUUCUUUGGAGAAAGCUUUGGAGGACAUUGGAUUCCAGGCAUUGCUUAUCAAAUUGUAUCAAACAAUAGAAGUCCAAACCCUCCUUUCAAAUUCAAUCUUAAAGGUGUUGGAAUUGGCGACCCAUGGACUGAUCCUCCAAACCAAAGCCAAACUUAUGGAAGCUAUGCAUAUGCAACUGGAAUUAUUGACCAAGAAGAGCUUGGGAUUAUCCAGACCUAUGAAGACCAAGUUACCAGCGAGCUCAAUACUGGAAGUUGGAACCAAGCGCUAAAUGACUGGGAACAAUCAUAUUCUCUUAUUGUAGACUAUGCAGGAGGGAUCAAUGUGUAUAAUAGCAGAGACUAUAAUCCAAACUAUAACAUGGGACAAAUGCCAGCAUGGCUGAAUUUAGCAUCGACCAACUCCCCCUCCGAGCGAAACAAAAAAUUUUGUUGACUUAUUGGUAAAUGUUUUUAAGUUUUUUUUACAAAUUUAAAAAAAAUCCGAUUUUAAAGCAGAAAUAUUAAUUUAAUUUAUAAAGUUUAUAUUUUAAAAUAGGAUCUAUUUAAAAUAAAACACAAUUAGCUCGACAUUUCAUCAUAAUAAUUAUCACUCAUAUAUCAAAUAUUGUUUUCAAAAAAUAAAAUAGGGAUUUUCUAAUGAUUUUGUUCCCUCACAGAGGGUAGUAAGCAAAUGAUCCAUGUGCCUUCUAAUAUAAUUUGGACAGAGUGUAAUAACGAUAUUUACAAUGCUAUGACCCAAGAUAUUAUGACAUCAGCUGCACCUCUCAUACCAUACCUCCUUGAUAGCAUCAAAGUUCUUAUUUAUAAUGGUCAAGACGAUUUAAUAGUCAACACCCCAUCCACCGAACAAAUGCUGGCGAACUUAAACUGGCCAUAUAUCAGCAAUUUUAUUAACUCCAACAAAAUCAUUUGGAACGUCAACGGAAAUGUGGCUGGAUACGCGCAGACUUAUAAUAACCUAAGCUUCGUUGUAGUUUUGAAAUCUGGUCAUAUGGUUCCUCAUGACCAGCCGGUGAAUGCUCUUAAUUUGGUUUAUAGGUUUGUCAAUAACCAAGGAUGGCAAUAA